AUGGCACAUACGACAGUUUCUUCGAUCUAUUCUGCAGCGGAAGACGUUCCUCUUAUUUUAGCCCCACAAUUUUCCUCGUUACAACCUAUAACGUUACCUCCUGAUUUUAAUCUUGACCUUCCUCAAGUGCAAAAUUAUGACUUCAAUUUGGAACGACAUAUUAUUGCAGAUUCUGAAAAACAAAGGCACGAUAAUGCUACAUUAACGCAACUUCGUGCGCAAAAAUUACAGGCACUUCAAGAGGAACGAAUUCGUAUACAAAAAGAAAAGGCUAGAAAAAUAGCUCCUGGAUUUUUGGAUACUGAUUUAAGAAUUUUAACACCGGUUCCAGCUAAUAAUACUCAAAGAAGAGCUAGUCAUCAGGUCGAAAGCGUAGAUAACACAAUCGCUAUUAAUAGUGAAAAUGGUAUAGAUGAGCAGAAAGUACAUGUACGAUCCGCUUCGGAUGAUAUACCAUUGUAUAUUUUAGAGAAGAUGAGGAAGGAGGAGGGAGACGAGGCCAAACCAGCGAAAUCCUUGUUUUACUUGGAAUUUGAGGAGAGUCUUUCUCCUCCAAAUCUUUCCAACUCAUCAAACACGAUUCAAGAUGACAUCUCAAUUUUAAGAGAAGUAAUCGGGUCACCGGUACCAACCAUAUCAUCCAACGAAAACAUUUCCGUUGCGGAUAGAGGUGUAAACGGAUCUCCCAACUUUUUUGGUGCUCCCGCUAAUCAGGAUAUGGUCGUCAAUAACCCAAAUCCUCCAAGGUCAUAUCCAUCACCACUUCUUCAUCCUUCUGUAGUACCUUUACCAUCUCAAUUAUCCAAUGAGGUUUUUACAUUGGGGUCUUCAGCAACUCAUAGCAAUCCCGACCUUUUAUCAAAUAAACUCGGCAAUUUACAAAUUUCUCAAAAUACUUAUUCAACUUCACCUAUAAAUAAUACGUCCUCGUCCAUUCAAGGGCACAGAACUUAUUCAGCACCAUCAUCUAGUAUUGAACGUCUUUCUCCACGUCAACCUUAUUCCAUCCCUCCUGUUCCACCAAAAGAAAUAUUGCCGACAUCAUCACCCUCUCCCAAGAAUGAGGAAAGUGAGAAGGAUAUUAAUCCUGAUUUAAUAGAGCAAUUUAUUAACAUGGGAUUCACGAAAGAACAAGCUGUUGACGCUUUGGAGAAAUAUGAUUAUGAUCCUCAUAAGGCAACUAAUUAUUUGUUAGAUUUACAAUAA